GGGACAUCACACAGUACUUUUUAAAUCAUGUUCAUUUGAAUAGUGAGCCCCUCAAAGUCCACUCCGUUCCAGCAUGGCUUCAGCACAUGAUAAAGCAGUUCUUCAGGCCAUCUUCAGCCCUACCACCCCUUUUGGAGACAUCCCUGGUUUAAACCAAGAAGAAGAGCUCACAGAUGAUGACAGUUCUUUCGACCCAGUUUUGCUGAAGCAGGUGAAGGAUCUGGAGCUGAAGGGUAUUUCUGCUGCCGAGGCUGGAGACGUGAAGACGGCACUGCAUCAUUUUAACCAGGCCAUUCAGAUCCUGCCCUCGAGAUCUUCGGCCUACAACAACAGAGCUCAGGCCAAGCGCCUACAGGGAGACACUAAAGGUGCGAUCAAAGAUUUGGAGCAGGCCAUCUCCCUGAGCAAGGACAAAGGACGCUCGGCCUGCCAGGCACAUGUCCAGCGUGGUCUUCUGCUCAGGCUGGCAUGCAGAGACGAGGAGGCCAGGGCUGACUUCGAGCGAGCCGCUGCGCUGGGGAGCGAGUUCGCCCGACAACAGGCUAUUAUUCUGAACCCUUACGCUGCACUGUGUAACCGCAUGCUCUCCGAAGUCAUCGGCAAACUCCGCAACCCAGAAAUGCCGGACAUGCAGUAGAGACAGAGCAACACUGUGCAAUGUGUUACAUACAUUUGUACAUGCUGUAUACAUGCGUUUACAUGAACAUGCAUUUAAAUGAAUAGACAAAUAAAAUAUAUUUAUGGUGGUCCUA